AUGGAAGGCGACCGUGAUGACGGCAGCUGUAACGGAAGCUUGCCAGGGUGGGAUGGAGAGGAGCUGCAGUACAUAGACGGUUGGGCCACGAAUUGGGCGGGUGAUUCGCCGAAAGACCCUGAAAAAGAAGCGGCGGCUGCGGUCGGGACCAUCAUGAUGGCUGACACCAUGAGCGCCAAGGAGAAGCAGGCGCGGAGGAAUUUCUACGCUAACUUCACUGAACGAGCACUCGCGAAAUGUGGAGACUACAGCGGAGAGAAGAACAUCAUCGAGCAGGAUGGUGUUGACCGGGUCGAGCACGAGCACAUUCUCGCAUGGCGUGCGUGGGUCGAUCUGCGACACCGAGUGCCCAAGGCAUCAGCGCGUUUGUUCUGCUGUCCGUGGGCUGGAGGCAACAGCCUCAUGUUUGAACGCUGGUCAGAAGAACUGCCUGGAGUGGAAGUUGUGCCCCUUCUACUGCCGGGAAGACUCACACGUGCGAGAGAGGAUGCCAUGACAAACUUGUCGGAUAUCGUGACGAUGGUGGUUGAGGCGAUCUGUGGGCUUCAUCUUCUAACACACGAGGACAUCCCGUAUUUUAUAUAUGGGCACGAAUUCGGAGCACUUGUCGCAUUCGAGACAUGUCGGAGGGUGCAAGACGAAUUCCCCGUGAAAGCCCUUAUCGUAUCAAGCAUGAGCUGCCCUCAGGUGGAUGACCUUCUUUUGUGA